AUGGUCACUACGCAGCAUUGGGUUUGGGCGACAGGCCACUUUCUGCUCCUAGCGGCUGCGUUUCGCUACUUCCUAGCGACGCUGUUGUUCCGGAGCAUCUCUGAUUGGUGGUAUAAAGCCGGGUUUACUGGCGCGCUCAUAAGUUACGCUAUCGUCUGCUACAAAGCACUAGGUCCACCUCAACCCAACCUUGCGUAUUUCCGUCGUGCUCUUCCUGAUGAGAAUGUUCAAUAUUUCGCGGUCGCAUUUUUCUGGUGGAGCUCAAAACCCGUUGCAUUGGCCCUCCUUCCCUACACGAUCUUCUCCCUGUUCCAUGCUCUCACCUUCACUCGUACGACCUUGAUGCCCCGCUUCCUGCCUCCCAGCCCCGCCGCAACUCAAGGUGGUGCGCCCCAACCCCAUCCUCUCGCGAAGCAGUUGCAAGCUUGGGUCAAAGCAAACUACGAUGGAGCCAUGCGCGUCGUUGCCUAUACCGAACUCCUGAUUUUCGUUCGUGUUUUCUUGGGAGCUAUCACCUUCCGCAAUUCCCUCCUGUCGCCUCUUAUCUAUGCGCACUUCCUCCGCCAACGUUAUUAUCAAUCUGCCUUCACCCGUGAGGCGUUCGCAUUCACCAAUGGACGCAUCGACGGUUUCGUCCGCAAGCCCGGCAACCCCCCGGUUCUCGUCACCAUCUGGACUCAAGUGCAAGGUUUGGCCUCUCGAUGGGCGGGCAGCGUUAUCGAACCUGCCGCCGCUGCAGGAGGUGCCCCGCGACGUGGAUAA